GCCUGGUGGGUCCUUGGGGUGGGGGCCACAGGAGGUCAGGGCUGGAAUGUCUAGGCCCCAGGAGCUAAGGAAGGACCCCCCGCGGGCCUGGGGGCAGGAGCAGCCAGGCAGGGGACAGAGGCGAGACACCCGGGAUGAGCCCAGGGCAUAAGCUGGGCCUUCCUCUCACCUCACAUCAGACCUGGGCCUCCCUCAGAUUCAGGGGGUGGCCACCCAGUGCCCCACUCCAUGCCCGACCCCCCUUCAAGACCCCCAGGUGGACUCUCACCUGCUCUGCUCGGGAGCUGGGACUCUGCACGGCCUCUACUCGCAUCCCUGGAGCCUGGGCAGACAGUGGGGUGGGAGAAGGCUUGCUCACAUCUCGGCACCCCUCCCCCCACACACCCCCCACCUGCCUUGUUCCAACCGCAGGCUUCCUCUGGCAGCUGCACCCGCCUGCCCCAGCCCCUGGCCCUGCGAGGCCCGAGGCCCCAGGGACGGAGAGUUGAACGGAAAUGCUGCAGCUAGGGCAGUCCCCAUGGGGCAGUCCCCGUGGCUGGGAGGGAGGAAGAGGGGUCUCAGUGACCCCCAUCCUGGGACCUGGCCAAAUGGAGGCUACACAGUUGCCUCGGGCUCGGUCCCCCCAUCCUGGGCCUCAGGAAGAGCCAGCUCCAACACCAGCCUUGCAGGACCUGCGCUGCGUCCUAGGGCUCUGGACGCUGCUGGCCCUGCCAGGGGCCCUGGGCUCGGGCCGCAGCGCCGAGGACAGCCCGGGCUCCAGCUCCUCGGUCACCGUGGUCCUGCUGCUGCUGCUGCUUCUGCUGCUGGCCACUGGCCUGGCGCUGGCCUGGUACCGCCUGAGCCGGGACUCGGGGGGCUACUACCACCCGGCCCGCCUGGGCGCCGCGCUGUGGGGCCGCACUCGCCGCCUGCUCUGGGCCAGCCCGCCAGGCCGCUGGCUCCGGGCUGAGCUGGGGUCGCCAGAAGAGGACCUGGAGCGGCAGGAGGAUGAGCGGGACGUGGAAGAUGACUGCGACCUGGGUGGUGGCCAAGAGGAGCGUGAAUCCCAGGAAGAGGGGCAGCGUGGAGAGGGGCCCAGCCCACAGCAGGCCCCGGAGCCGGCCGAGGAAGCCUAUGACGAUGACACCGAAGGGGGCCUGGGCCUCGGCUCCCAGGGGCCGGUGGGCUCCGGGGGCAGCGCCGAGGCCCUGCUGAGUGAGCUGCACGCCUUUGCUGGCAGCGCGGCCUGGGACGACAGCACUAGGGCAGCUGGGAGCCGGGGCCUCCACGUCACCGCACUGUAGGAGCCAGCCCUGGCGCCACAUCCUGGUCACUGUGCCUCUGCUUCCCGAGCUGCCACGGCUGGACACAGCCUGCCCUGGGUGCAUGUGACCCACACCCCCGCUUGGAGAGCCUCAGACAGUCACUCCCCGCAACGAGUUCUAGUCCCCAAGUCUGUGUAUCCCUGGCCCCUCCAGGAAGGCCAUCCGUCCCCAGGGGGCACUGGGCAGCCAUCUGAAAUAAAACCCCUCCGGCCCA